UUACUCUUGUUUGCAUGAAUGGUCACAUCAAACAGUACAGGAAAAUCUAGGCCAAGCUGCUUUCAGCAGGCUAAGGAACAUGAUACCGUUGCACCGCAUCCUUUAAUAGUAGCAAUGCCUUUUAAUAUAUGUCAGGCACCUUUUGAACUUUCUUUGAUUCCAUUAGCUUUGUUUUCCACCAGCACCCUGAAGCCCACCUUGCCCCUCCCUGGCGGGCCGUGGUGCAGCCGUUGCCAGACUUGUCCAUGUGGGAUGGGGAGGAGGAGAGGGAUGCGCGCCGGGAAGCGCGGCUGGUGCAUCCCCGCUGCCUGCAGAAACGGUGCCACUUACAUAACACCCUCGCUGGGUAACGAGGUAAAACUCCAUCAACUCUUCUGCAGGAGGUUCCAAGGGUCUGGGGCUGCUGCCUGCCUAAAGGGAUUAAUUUUCCUCCGUCUCUAUUUACAUGGUGAUAAGAAGUGCUAAUCCCACUCCGUCAGUCUGGGCUGAUGAACCUGAGGAAUAGAACUGAGCUCUGUGUUGUGUAAACGAACUGAUGGAUGAAGAUGAGAAGGACAGGGCAAAGAGGGCAUCACGCAACAAAUCUGAAAAGAAGAGGAGAGACCAGUUCAAUGUCCUCAUUAAAGAGCUUUGCACGAUGCUGCAGGGCCAUGGCCACCCUCUCAAGAUGGACAAGUCCACAAUACUGCAGAGGACCAUCGACUUCUUACAGAAACAGAAAGAAAUCACUGCACAGACAGAAGCCUGUGAGAUUAGACAAGACUGGAAGCCUUCAUUUCUUAGCAACGAGGAGUUCACCCAGUUGAUGUUAGAGGCACUAGAUGGCUUUCUCAUUGCUCUUACCACAGAUGGGAUUAUUAUUUAUGUAUCGGAUAGUGUUUCAUCUCUGCUUGGACACUUACCGUCAGAUUUGGUGGACCAAAAUAUAUUAAACUUUCUGCCUGAGCGGGAGCAGAGCGAGGUGUACAAGCUCCUUUCUCCACAUGUGCUCAUGACAGAUCCUGUUGCAGCUGAUUUUCUAAACGCAGAGAAACAAAUAGAGUUUUGUUGCCAUUUAGCAAGAGGCAGCUUAGAUCCAAAUGAACCCUUGAUGUAUGAAUAUGUGAAAUUUGUAGUGGAUUUUAAAUAUUUUACUCAUGUGCCUACACCCUCCUGUAAUGGCUUUGAGUCAGCUAUUGCACGAGCUUUCAGGUCAGCCACAGAGGAGCAGAUUUGCCUCGUAGCAACUGUUCGUCUUGUCACACCACAGUUCUUAAAGGAGCUCUGCAAUGUUGAAGAGCCAUGUGAAGAAUUUACAUCGAGGCAUAGUUUGGAAUGGAAAUUUUUAUUCUUGGACCACAGGGCUCCACCUAUUAUAGGAUAUUUACCCUUUGAGGUUCUGGGAACAUCAGGGUAUGAUUACUACCACGCAGAUGACCUGGAGCUUCUUGCUAGGUGCCAUGAACACUUGAUGCAGUUUGGAAAAGGAAAGUCCUGUUACUAUCGGUUCCUGACCAAAGGCCAGCAGUGGAUAUGGCUGCAGACACACUACUACAUCACCUACCACCAGUGGAAUUCUAAACCCGAGUUCAUUGUUUGCACUCACCUAGUAGUUAGUUAUGCAGAAGUUCGAGCUGAAAGAAGGCGAGAUCUUGGCCUUGAGGAGUCAUCAAUUGAACUGGCAUCCUCUUCUCUAAAGAGCCACAGCAGCUACCUGGACGUAGGGCAGUGCGGCAGCAGCCAGGAUGCCAGCCGGGAGGGAGUGUCGCUGUCGUCCCACAGCUCCCGGCGCUCCUCACACACCGCUCUCUCCGACUCCACGUCCACGUCAUCCAUACGACACACGGACACCAGCACUCCCACCCGCCUGUCAGUGCCAGGGGGGCAGGCAGAGAAGGCAGCCCUGCGGCUGGCAUCAGCUGGAAGCACUCAGGCCAUAGCAACUCCUCCAGCCCCUGGUGAACAGCUCCCUCAGCCUCCGGUGGCUCAGCUGGCAGCCCCCUCUCAGCACGCUGUGAUGCCAGUGUACCAUUUCCCAACCCAGCUGGGGAUGAUGCAUCAGCUGAAAGAGCAGCUGGAGGAGAGGACUCGCAUACUGCAAGCUGACAUCAAGACGCAGCAAGAAGAGCUCCAUGUCAUCAAGGAGCAGCUCCAGCUCGUGCAAGACUCCAACCUGCAGAUGCUGAUGCAGCAGCCGAUCCCCAUAGUCUUUAACAACCUGCAGCACCCAAACCCCAGGAGGCCGCCGCUGGGGACGCCCAGGCAGACGACAGCCAAGAAGUCACAGCAACAAGGCCUUACAGGGAUGAAGCACUACUGCAGCACCCUCCUGCCCUCACCGCGCCAAUUCCUCAGGGACCCCUGCGGCACGGCUGCCCAGGUACAGCAGCAGCAGCAGCAGCAGCAGCACCUAGUGAGAGGAAACCAAACCCAGCAAACGCGUCUGCCGGGGCAGACGAGCAUUUCAGUGCCCCUCUACAACAACCCUGUGGUGUUAUCACAAGCACAUCCCAUUACAGUGGCUGCACAGAUGCCAGCUGACGGCAGUGAAAGGCAACUGCAGUCUGACUACAGCCAAGACAGGAGCCUCAGGAUGCUGUUGGACCAGUCUAUCCAAGCCAUGAUGCCUGCCACCAAUGGCAGUGGCCAGUCCAUGCAGAGCAGUGCAAGCAGGCAGCAAGGAAAAUUCGUUGCAGAGCAGCAGAUCUUGCCUCCCCCAGUACAGAUGCAACCGGUUACCUGUAGCACUGUCCGACCUCCAGCCCCGUCGCCCGUUUUCUCCCCAUCCCUGAUGAUCCCACACGCCAGCUUCACAUCCCACCAGGCAAACACACCGGUUCAUCUCCACCAAUGGCCACAGCAGCAGGUUCAGCAGCACCGUCUCUACCUUCAGAUGCAAGGUCCCGAGCUGGUGCCUGGGGGUGCACAGCGCAUUCUGCAGCCACCCCAUGCACCGCAGCAGAACCCCCUGAGCUACUUCCUGCACCCGCAGCAGCAGAGCCGCCACACGCAGGGCCAAGCCUCUGACCUGCCCGAGAUGCAGCUGCCCUGAGCGCCAGGUCGGGUGCAGGGAGUACCAUUGGCUGCAGCCGCUGCACCUUGGAGCACACAGAAGGAGCACGACACUGUUGGAGCAACAGGAUGGGUGAGGCCAGGCCUGCAGGGAAGGUGGUGGCUGGAGGGACCAGUCCCCACCAGGGAUGGAUGGCUCCAGGGCACCUCAUCCACUGGGAUUCAUACAUGAUGCUGCUCCGGCAGCUGUAUGUGCCCUUGGCCAGCACCGCAGAAUGACUGGAAGGCAAUGGCUUUCUGGCUGCAGAGAGGUUAUUUAUUGGGUCGCCGUGAAGAUUGCUUUGCAAUGGAGGAAACCCUUUUCCAUUCAGGACUUCAAUGCUAAAGUCACUGUGAAUUUAAGCCCAGCGUUUGGAGCACACACACAGACUGCAGCGGCCUGCAGGAUGCCGUGGGAUUACCAUGUAUAUAACUCGUUUUGUUGUAGUAGGUCCAUUGUGGAUUCCCCCCCCACCUUUUUUCUAUACCUCAGUCCCACAAUUUUUUGUUUUCCAGGAGAUUGGAUAAUGCUGCUAAUUUACGUAACACCACUUUUGCCUGAAUUUCUUACUGUUGUUAUACCAGCUCACACCGCAGCUAGUAAGAUACUCGUCAUGUUUUAUUUUGGUUAAUGAGUGGAGAUAAAUUUAUAUGGUUUUUACUCCCUGUAGCCACGUAUUUUUCAGGUUACAAAGAAUCCUUGUUCUUUUAUUGGUUGCUUUGUUCUAGUGAUGCAGUUGUAUACGUUUCUAUACCUGAAAACAAACAAGCAAGCAUAGAACAGCCUGUGACGGCAAACUUUGUGGUUUUGCUAGAUCAUGUUUCCAUUUGGCCAACCUGAACGAAUCACAAGGACACAAGAGAUGUUCCGAGUCCAUAGGGUCAGCAAUAAACUGUAUUUUUGUAAGAUGUCACUUUUAAACUAUAAGUUUAUAUUUACGAAUUGAAAGCAACAACAGCAGUUUAUUCCUCAGUGGGUGUAUGGUUUAGCGUCCCUACUCUUUGUGUCUUUCCAAAGACAACAUGAAAAUGUACAUUUUUGAGGUAUUCGUAGCUGAAUACGUUGGGCACUGUUAGCCCAAAUGUAGGAGAUAGAUAGAUUAGUAUAAGCUUUGCAAGAAACUGGCUAGUUAGGACCAGGUCUAUCUAACAGCUGAGCUCCAUCUGGCAGUCAGAGCAAGGUUUGGGGCCCGGUGAGUUCAUAACUUGUCGAAUCCAAGCAAAGCGUGCUUUUUUGUUUCUUUUUAUUUUUUUUGUUUGGUUGGUUGUUUUUUUUUUGUGUAUUUGGUUGGGGUUUUGGCAUUUGUUUGCUUUUUAUCGUGUGCAAGCUGCUUUCUUGGCUCUUGGCACCACCACAGCAGCUGGUCACUGGUACUUACUGAUAGAGCAGCCUUUGGCAUGAGCAGCCCAAGCAGCAGGGGGGAAGUGGGAAAGUUAGCAUGAAAAAACCUGGACAUACCUAACAGUACAUGGAUCUAUAGCUAGAGAUCUCUGAUGCUGUAGGAUAUAGCUCUGUCUAUAACUAGCUUCUUGGCUUUAGGGCUAGGUGUGAGUGCUUGGGCUCAGUGGCAGGGGGACAGAAAAACCUGAGUGUCGAACAGGUUGUGGCAGCCCGAGCUUCUCAACAAGCUCAGGAGCUGAAACAGUGACAGCCUCGGCCCUUGGCUCUUAAAGCCCAAGUCCUGGGGAGAACCAAGGGUCCUUCGUGCCCCAGCACGUGAGGGGCUGCAGCAAGGGCCAGCACACAGCCUUUGAGGUAGGAAAGUAUUUAUCUUCAUUCUUAAAGCACUGUUACUUUUAGGGUCUCCCCUCCCAUCCUAGGACAGUAAAGCUGCUCAUGAGGUUAGGGCAGGAGGAGUUGUUAUAUUUUGGGGGAUUGUUUGGGGUUUUUUUCCUUCCCUCUGACCUUGGCACAUAAUGUUAGUGGGGAAGCAAACACACACAUUUAGGGCUCCACUGUUGUGCACAAUUUGUGGCCCAGUGUGGCUGGCAGGAGGAAAAGGCCAUGCAUCUGCCCGUUAAAGCUGUAUUGCCCCAACACACUACCGUGGCUGUUCCACAGUGUCCCAUCACAGUACAGGAGCCCAGACAUGGUAAGUGUCAAUCAACCAGAGGUGAUGGUGGUUGUGGUCUGGGGCUUGGUAGCCAAGGCAGAGUAGUUCACUGGCAUUGCUGUGGCUUCGAAAGCAAGCCAAGUCCAACAAAAGCAGGUUGGGAAGGGGCUUGGGGGGGAGGUGGGUAUGCCGGAUGGGGCAGUGCAUGGACACAGCCCUUCUGAUGGCAGUUCUGGGCUGCACAGACAGGGAGGGAGGGGGGAUGUGGGGUGGUACUGACACCCCUGCUCGCAGCCUCCCAGCACGGAGCACAGGAGGUUUGCAAGGAUGUUUACAUGUUAGAUUGGCCUUGCUAAACUAAGAGACCUAAAAUGCACUUUAUCAUGUGUCCCCCCCACCGCCCCUAUUCCCAGUGCCCACCCCAGCCACUAGCCCAGCUGCUGGCCAGCAGUGGGUGGCUGCUUGGUCCCGGGCACUGCCUCUCGGGUAGAGCCAUGUUUUCCAGACAUGCUCCAAAGGACAAAAUCCCAUAGUCCCUUUUUGGGGUUUGCUUGGUCCCUGCUUGGUCUGCCUCUAGGCUGGGGGGAGGCUGAGUCAGGGCCGUGGGGUUUUUGCCUUCUAUUGUCACUUAUUCUCAAACAAAUAGAUGAAUAAAUAAAUACCUUUAUUCAGGUUGCUUUGUAUUUGUUUACCUCAGUGUUAGCGAUGACCUGUGUUUUUGAGACCCAUUUGGAAUUGAGGGUUGCUGGUGGGUUUGGUGCUUACAAGAACACAGAUGUGUGACUUGUUGCUGAUGAGCAGUGGGUGGGAAAGUGACUGAUGCCACCUGUGUCAGGUUUGGGCUCCAGUGUCAGUGUCAACCUAUUAGUCAUUAAUGUUCUGAGGCUUUCUAGUAGACAAGCACCUAUAUACUAUAUUUCUCUAUAUAGAUAUACAGAUAGAUGUAUUUUUAAUAUACACAUUAUGUGCAUGUAUGUGUAUAUCUAUAUAAAAAUACAUAUAUAUAGGCCACACAAUUCCAGACCUCUGAAAACACAGGCAGCUUUAAUAAAUAAAAAGUCUUGCACUUUUAGCAUAUUUGUAUAUAUAAGCUAAAGCCUGGUGGGUAUAAUCAGGCUGGUUUGACAAACACAGUGAAAAGUUACUGUAUAUAUUGUAUAUACUCCAUAUAAAAGAAAAUAAGGAAAAAAAAUCUUAGUAUAAAUCUUGUUUUAUUUUAUAUGAUGUCAAAUAUAGAUACCUUUAUAAAUGUUACUAUUCUUAAAAGUAUUUUGUAAUGGGGAAAAAGGAAGUGUCUUAUGAAGAUGAAAAGUAAAGAUUUUAUUCUUGUCUUGAAUCUAUGUCCCUGCACAGCUCCAUUGAAUGGGAACCCGUGCAUUUUGACAAGCUUUAAACAGAUUGUACAUAGCAUUUAAAAAUAAAAAAAAGAAAAUAAAGAAAAAAAAAGGAAGAAAUAAAAUAAUACUUGUAAGAGCUCUUA